AUGGCACCAUUAGCAUCACGAAAACGGCAGGCAGCAGUAGCUAACUUGAAAGCACAGGAGGUUCUCAAUGAAAAGAGAGCUGUAUUGGCUUCAGAGACUGCAAAAGAUGAUCUCUGGAUUAGCUUACAGGCUGCAAAGUCACGAAUUGAGGAGCUGGAGAAUCUGCUUGCUGACAGAGACACAGAAUGCUGCAGACUUGAGUCAGAGCUUGAUAAGGCUAAUCAGAAACUGCAAAUGCAUAAGGACAACUCUGUGCUUUGGCAGGAAAAGCAUGAGAGAACAUAUCAUGAGCUUCGUAUGCAGCGCCAAACCUCAAAAAGAGGGCAACAAAAAUUGACCCAAUUACAGAAUCAGGUAGAGAUCCUGAAGACUGCAGAGAAAGAGACUUCUAAGCAGCUUUUGAGAGGCUCUCCUUCCAAGUUGCGCAAGGCAGUCAAAUGUGGUAAAAAACAAAAGGAGCAAUCAAUAGCCUCAGUCAAGAAGAAGAUCUUAGACCAACGAUCAGUUCACUAUUUAAUGCAAAAGGGUGUCUUCACUGAGGAAACACACAAUGUUGUCCGUUUACUUGUCAAGGCUGGCUGCUCACGAAACCUUGUUGGUGAGGUUAUUUUGGCUGUCCUCAAAUCUGCAGGAAUAACAGGUGUUGGCAGUAUCAGCCACACUUCUGUUUCUCGAUUUCUUCAUGAGGGAUAUUUUGCUGCACAAAUUCAGCUUGGAUAUGAGAUGAAAAAAGCAGAAAGUAUGACUUUCAGUGCAGAUGGUACAAGCCAUCGUAGCAUCAACUACAAUUCCCGCCAUGUUCAUCUUAUUGCUGAGGAUUACACUUCACCAGAGGGCAGUUCAAAGCAACAAGUAACCCGAACUUUUGGAAUUCAAUCAUCAAAAGAUGGAUCUAGUGAAGAAGCUAUUGCAGACUGGGAGAAUACUCUCAAGAAAAUUAUUGACCUCUACAAUGACAGUCCUCUUGGAAAGCGCUCAGGUGGACUUCUCAAAUUUAUUGAACUUUUGAUCAAACUUGCAGGAAUGAGCACUGAUCACUGUGCAAAGGGAAAAAAAGAUGCCCGAUUGCUUGAAACUCUGAAAGCUUGGGCUGUUGAUCAACAUCUUGGAGAAGAAAAAAUGUUAGAAAUGACAUUAGAGGAGGUUCGUGACUAUUUCAAGAAAGCAGAAGAGGAAAUGAUUAGAAAAGCUGGUGGGGUAAAUAAGUGGAACAAACUGUCUGACAUCAAGAAGGCUGAGAGGAAGGCCAAAAUGAUUGAAGAGGCAGUUGCUGAGUUGGGAAAAGAAGAGUUUGAUAAUCUCUCUGAUGAGGAAAAACGUAUUUUCUGGCUCUUUAUCUGGGCUGGCUGUGGUUGCCACAAGGAUCUGAACACUAUUCGGGGAGGGUAUCUUGCAGUGGCAGCUUGGUGGAUUGAGAAUGGGCUUGAGGAAGAACGCCCUGUCCUUCUUGCCAAUCGUGAUAAUGAUCCUGUGGUUCAAGAGCGAGCCACUGCUCUUGAGAAAGGUGACACCCUAACACCAGCUCAAGAAAGAGCUUUUCACAAAUCAACACGUGGUGCAAUUAAAACUGCAGAAAUUGCAGGUGCAAUCUUCAACAAUAAAGACAAUAAAAGGGGCCACCAUGAUAUCUUUCGUUAUUGGUGGUGGGAACAUGUGGGAGUUCCAUUUACAUUUCCCGAUACAUCCAACAAUAGAUUCCAGUCAUAUUGUAAUGCUGCUGCAGCCCUUAUUCUCUAUGGAGAUGAAUUCAAGGAUUUUCUUGAGAGUCUACGCAUCAACAAGCAAAAUCCAACACUCAAUCACAUGGAAUUAAAUCUCUGGAAGGCUCUCCACUGCACUUCAACAGUGACUGAGCUUGCUGUUCUUGCAAUUUAUGCUGAGGCUGUUUCAUACCCAUAUAUGAAAGCAAUCCGUACUUCUGAUGCCCAAAAAAAGAACAUGCUUGACCUUGGUCCUUUUCAUUCUCGUGUCUAUGAUCAUAUGCAGAAAAUCAUUGCAAAUCCUGACAUUCUCAUUGGAAAAGACCUAGACAUUUCUGAAUCAUACAAAACAGCUACUCUAGAUGGUGAAAAGUGGCAGAAUCCUGCAGUUGUAAAGAAGAUAUUUGACCUCAUCCCUACACUCCCUCACUUCCACAAUCUUUUGAUUGCAUUUUUCAAAGGAGCAGCACAAACAUGGGAACGUUUCACAUCAGAAUUUGCACCUGGUGGCCUAAUUGAUGAAGCAACUGCAGAGGAAAGGGAGCUUGCACAUAUGCCUGCAACAAAUGAUGAAAAUGAAGGUCUGCUAGGGUCUUUCCGAUGCCUCAUGCACUAUCAGCCUCAGCUUACACUUCUCAGUUGCAAUGCCUUGAUAAUGUUUUUCCGCAAUAACACACAAGCAUUUAUGGAAACAAAGUUUACUGAGGAAGACUAUCAGUAUAUACAUAAACUUGGACGAGAGGCAAAUGGGGAGGAGAAGAAAAGGCGCAAUGAACUUACUGAUUUCCGUGACCAACGACAAGCAAAGAAAACUGCACGCAAGGAGGUUUGGGAGCAAAAUGCAAAGGCAACUGCAGAACGGAUUGCACAGUUGGAACUUGUUUUUGACAAGGAAAAGGUCCCAGGACUCAAGGGCACGUCCCUCAAGGACCAAUUGAGACUCUUCAAGAGUGCAGGUGCUCCAAAUCUCAAGCAAGGGCCAAUGCCAACCAAAGUUGCUGAUAUCCGCAAAGCACUUGUAGAUGCUAUUGAUCUGCAUACAAAUGGUGCUUGGAAGCUCAUCCAAGAUGAGGAGAGUGAGGGUGAGAAUAUUAAUCUGUCAGAGGAAGAGGAGGAUGAGGAGGAUGAGGAGGAUGAGGAGGAUGAGGAGGAGGGUUGGGAGGAUAUAGAGGGCUAUGAGAGUGAAUGA